UGUUUCAGUAAUACCAACUGGAAUUCUGCACUCUCCAUUCUACGGAUUAGGACUAGAGGUUUUGAAUUAUGCAGCCAUUGGCACUAUCCUGGGCCAUGAACUGAUGCACAGUUUCGACAACAAUGGACGGUUGUACGACAAAGAUGGACAGAAACGCAACUGGUGGAGUAAUAGCACAAUUAAUGAGUUUGUCGCUCGAGAGCAGUGUUUCGUGGAGCAGUACAAGAACUACAAUGUCGGAGGGAGAUCUGUGGACAGCAAAAGGACACUCGGAGAAAAUAUUGCAGACAAUGGUGGACUGAGGGAAGCGAUCCGGGCAUACCGGGAAUACACAUUGCGGAAAGGGUGGGAGCCGAAGCUGCCCGGACUCGAGAAAUUAACACACGAGCAACUAUUUUUCCUUACUUUUGCUAAUAUGUGGUGCACGAGGACUACAGAGUUAGCAGACCUUCUGUUAUCCAGGGACGCUCACUGUCCUUCAAAAUAUCGAGUUAUCGGUACUUUGUCCAACAUGGAGGAAUUCUCAGAAGCAUGGCAAUGUCCUGCGGGAAGCCCAAUGAAUCAUAAAGAAAAGAGGGUUCCAAGAUGAGUGACACGAAUGUUUCUGUCGCCGGCAGCCAUCAGAAUCUUGUACCUGUGGCAUCGCGGAAGGCAAGUCUCAAGAAGAGGACCGGGCUGGAACGGCGUCUGCUGGUUGUGGUGGCAGCCCUGUCCAUCCUGCUGCUCAUCUUCUUCGUGCUCAUCAUCGUCUUGGCCUGCAAGAACAAACUACAAAUGGCGAAUCUAACACUCCAGCCAGUAUGCAACAGUGAACAGUGCAUCGCAUCAGCUUUCUCCUUGCUGGAGUCCAUGGACCGGACAGCUGACCCAUGUGAAGAUUUUUACCAGUUCGCAUGCGGAAACUGGGGCAGGAGCCACCCCGUGAAGGACACGGAUUACUCCAACACCUGGUUCAGCGAACGCUCACUGUUCUUACUGAGGCAGCUCAAAGAUCUGCUCACAAAAAACAGCACAAAUUCAGAACCAAAGGCUCUCCGACAGGCCAAGUCGUUGUUCGCAGCCUGCAAUGAUGUUGGGACACUGGAAAUAUUGGGCCUGGAGCCCAUCAUGCAGGUUUUGGAGAAUGUGAGUCUGCCCAAGCAACUACCGAACAGCAGGACAGCCUACGGCUGGAACAUCGCUACAACCCUUGCCCUCAUUCAGCGGAUCAUGAGUCUAGACCUGCUGGUACAACUUGGCCCCGAUGUGGAAUCUACAGAUGAGAAACUGCUAUUGAAUUUGAGCCCGCCUAAGGAUCCACCGUCGCUAACCCGAAUCCUGGUGACGGAUCCUGAGAACUUGCCCAGAGCGACACGACUCAGCAGCAAGAACUUCAUUAGAGCCAAGAUGGUGUACAUGAUAGGAAUAAUGGAGGAGAUGGAUUCCUGGGGAAAAGGAGAGAACGAUGAAUCCAAGCUCAACAGGACUACAAUCGCGUCUGCGGUUUUGAAGAUUCUGCUAUUCGAGGCAGACGUCAGACAGGGGAUCACUGUCGAUGGUACAAACUCCAGCAGCAAAAGCAGCACAGUUCAGAUUACUAUCCUAGAAUUGCAGCGGCUCAUGGACUUGAGCAUGCAAGGUGCAAAGAACAGCCAUGAGAUUGACUGGCUACAGUAUUUCACGGUGCUCUUCGAAGGCGUACACGCACAGAAGUCAUUCAACAUGGCGGCCGACGUCGUCUCAGUGACAGAUCUCGCCUACUUCUUGAACCUCGCUUCAGUUCUGGCUGACUCCAAGUUAGAAACCAUACAGCGAUAUGUAUGGUGGCAGGUGGUAGAGGUGCUGUCGCCCCACACUAACAAGGCGAUGCGGGAGCUGCACAGCCAACUGGAGGAACAGAUUCUCGGUUCUUCACAUACAUCUUCCAGGUGGACUGUUUGCCUUCGUCGGGUGAAGAAAUUGCUGCCCUUGGCUGUCAGCUACACAUUGGCUGCACAAAAUGAUGUUACCAACACUGUUGCCAAGGUGUCAGAAAUGAUGAAUGAUAUCAAAGCCAGUUUCAACUCCCUGGUCCAUGAUGGAGACUGGAUCGACCCUGUAACUAAGAAAGCAGCUCAAGAGAAAGCAGAAGGCAUUACUAGCUUCAUUGGCUAUCAAGAAUGGCUCCUUCAACCUGGCCAACUGGAUGAGUACUACAGUUUUCUGGAUCUACAAGGAAAUGAGUACUUGUGGAGCAUCCUCAGGAUUAAGUCAAAGGAAGUGCACGACUUCCUGAAAUUACUCUUUGAUAAGCCUGAGAACCAGAGAAAUGAAAGUUGGAAGGACAUUGAUCCACUUCAGGUGAAUGCAUACUACAGUCGCACGGCAAAUGCAAUAAUAAUCCCAGCUGGCAUCCUUCAGUUUCCCUUCUAUGACAGGGGUUUGGAGGCUCUUAACUACGGAUCAAUUGGAAGCAUACUGGGACAUGAACUGACUCAUGGCUUUGACAUUGAAGGCAAGAAUUAUGGUAAAGAUGGAACCAAGGUGUCCUGGUGGAAUAUGGACAUGUUGCAGGCCUAUGAAGAGAGGGCACAGUGUUUUGUACACCAGUAUAGUAAAUAUGGCACAAAUGGCAAAAAGGUUAAUGGAUUUAGUACACUAGCAGAAAACAUAGCAGAUAAUGGAGGCAUAAGAGAAGCAUACAGAGCAUAUCAGAGAUAUAAAGAACGUCAUGAUACAGAACAGGUCCUGCCAGGGAUGGAGAGCUUCUCACAUAAUCAACUGCUGUUCUUAGCCUUUGCAAAUAUUUGGUGCCUGGAUGAAGGGCCAUAUUAUGGUGAAGUAUCUGCUGAGGAUACACACAGUCCAGGAAAGUACCGAGUUCUUGGUUCACUGUCCAAUUCACCAGAAUUUUCUGAAACAUGGAACUGUCCUGUAAAUUCCUCCAUGAAUCCAUCAGAUCGGUGUAUCAUAUGGUGACAGCCUGUAUCAGUCCUGCAACACACUCUACUGGGACCAAUAUCAAUGCACAAUUUGGAGUAAGGGAAAUUAUUGUCGUCAUCAUAAGUACUGGAUGUUAGUAAAUUAUUAUCCAUUUCUGCUCCAGUAUGGAAUUAAAUGCACUGAUGGUAACCAUGGAUUUGGCUGUAGAAUGUUUUGGUUGAUAGCCAAGUGUUCUGGAACUCAUCAAAAUAUGAAUUCAUCCUGACUGGAAAGAAUCCUGUCUAACACACAUAACUUACAA